CCCUUGUAUUACGAAUACUUUAGGCGUCCUUGACUUACCAUAGUUUCGUUGUAAAUAUUUAUGAGAAUACUUGAGCUUUAUCAGUGUUUAUAUACGUUGUAUGCACUGGAAAAUGGAAAAUAAAUACCCAGAGGACCAUCCCCGCACGAUAUUGCCUGACCUGUGCAGGAAAUUCUAUAGUCUUGGAUGGAUGUACGGAACUGGUGGCGCCUUAAGUGUUCGAACUGGUGAUAAAAUCUACAUAACGCCAUCUGGUAUUCAGAAAGAGCUAGUUCAGGGUGAAGAUUUAUUUGUUCAAUCCAGUGAUGGCACUGAUAUAGAUCGUCCACCAACUGAAAAGAAGUUGAAAAAGAGUACAUGUACACCGCUAAUAUCUGUGGUAUAUAGAUUAAAUGAAGGAUGUCAUGCAGUGUACCAUUUACAUAAUACGGCCGCUGUGAUGGUGUCAAUGUUAUGGUCAGGGACAGAGUUCCGGAUUACGCAUCAGAAAAUGAUACAGUGCAUUAAGAAAGGAAACUCCGACAAGCAUUUUGACUACCACGAAACCUUAAUAGUGCCAAUUAUUGAAAACAAAUCGACGGAGGACGAAAUAGCCGAGUCAAUGACGGCGGCCAUGUUGGAUUAUCCGGAAACGAGUGCAAUAUUGAUCAGACGACACGGGAUGUAUGUUUGGGGGCCAUCUUGGCAAAAAGCCAAAUGCAUGGCAGAAAGUUUUGACUACCUGUUUAACGUUGCUAUGCAGAUGAAGCAAUUCGGCCUUGACCCCGAGAAGAUUCCAGUGGCCCCGGAAGGGGCAUACACAUAGCUUUGACAGUUAUUUGGAGGGAAAAAAUGUCUGUAAUCAAGGAACAUUGCUUUGUUUUUGAGAAAUAUUAUUAUUUUGUCUUUCAUUGUUCUUGUUAUUACAGGCAUGUCUAGUUCAUCUUUUAUGUUACCACAAUAAAUACAGUUAUUUUU